AUGUCUCCAUCCGGUUCUACAAGAUGGUGUCCAACCCCAGAACAGCUGAUGAUCUUGGAGGAACUGUACAGAAGAGGAGUGAGAACUCCAAAAGCUUCUCAGAUACAAAAAAUCACAGCCCAUCUCUCUUAUUAUGGCAAAAUACAAGGGAAAAAUGUGUUCUAUUGGUUUCAGAAUCAUAAAGCUAGAGACAGGCAAAAACUCAGGAAAAAACUCAUUAGCAUGCAACAAAAGCCGUUUGAUCUUGAUCAUCAGCAUGCCCACUACAACAAUCUUGAUUCUCAUAUCAUGUCUCCAGCUUUCCAUCAGAUACCUGGCUACAAUUCGGCAGAAAAUAAUCAUCAGGGUGUAGUUGAAGAUACAGGAGGCCAAAUGAUGGAUUGCUCAUGGACGUCGGAUCUUCCAAAAGAUUGCUUGAUCAGACCAUGUCCUCAUGAUUUCAUGAUGAUUAUGGAAUUCGGUCCCACUUUCCAUUGCUGUAGUAACCCUAGGCCCCUCCAAACCCUGGAACUCUUCCCCUUAAGAGCCCCCAACGUGAAGGAUCAAGAAACUUAA